AUGGGUCCAAAACGAGCAGAUACUGUUAUGAAAGGAAAUAAAUUAUCACAAGGCGGGAUGAGUGUGUUAGAUAGUCAGCAGUGCGUAGGUAAAUUUGCUGCUGAUUUAGAACUAUGUUGUCGUGAACCAAGUUCAGCGUAUCCUAUAACUAUUCCUGUUCACAUUCGUGGUCGUCCACCAUCAUCCGCACUAAUUCAAUCAUUUCAAUUACCAAGUCAGCAGCAGCAGCAACAACAACAACAACAGCAACAUACAGGAACGCAUUCUGGAAUGUCAGCUACUCCAUCAUUGACUGGUGGAAUCGCUGAAGAACAAUCAUCAACAAUAGGAAAGAAAACAUCUCGUGCAAGAAUGCCUUCUAUUUGUCAAAGUGGAAUUAUAAUAGGAAUAACAGGCGCUGAUGGUGACAAUAGAUCAUUGAGUAUUUCAGGACAAGAACAACUAAAAAUAUCUUCACCGAGCUAUAAAACAUUUCAUAUAGUUAAUGAUAGUGAUUUCUUUCGACCUAAAUUAUUGGUAGAUUCAAUCGGCAAUGAUAGUGAACCCAUCGAUCAAAUAACAACUCUUUAUACAAGAGAUUGGCAACUUGAUCAACGUUUUAUUGAUAUUUUGAAAAAAGUUCUUCCAUUACAAGAACAAUUACAUACACUUGAUUUCUGUUAUGUUGGUCUUAACGAAAAAACUAUUCAUGGCAUAGUUGAAUUAUGUCAAAUAACAAAAAAUUUGAAAAAUAUUUCACUCGAUGGAAAUCCAUUAGCAGCAGAAUAUUUUUAUCUUUUAAUUGAAAAAGAUGAUUCAAAAAUUAUUCAGCUAUCUCUUCGUUACUGUAACAUUACUGAUACAGGUGCUGAACGACUUGCUCAUGCUCUUGGUAGCAUGUUAAAACAAAAUCGAAAAUUAUUAAUACUUAAUCUAAGUGGAAAUAGAAUUGGUGAUAAUGGUGCUAAAUCUUUUGCAGCAGCAUUACGUUAUAAUAGAACAUUAAUAUCUCUUAAUCUUUCAUCUAAUUUUAUAACUGACAAAGGUGCUUUUCCUUUGGCAUUAGUUCUUCGAAGAAUUGCUCUUACACAAGAAGAAAUCCUUCGACGUCGAUAUUUAAUAGUUAAACGUUAUGUUGAAACACAUCCAGAUGAAUUUAGAAUUUCUACAAAUUCACCAACUCCUUCAAAUGUAUCAACAAAGAGUAAAUCAGGUCGAAGUAGUCGAGCUGAUAGAAAACGUGUACCAGAAUUGAACAAGCGAAAACCUAAUUUAUCAAAAACUGCACAAAAUAUUAUGAAACGUAAUCGAAAUGAAUCUAGUGAAACUCGUCCACCAUCAGAAAAUAAAGGUGAUUUAAAACGAGGACGAAAUGAAGGUAGUAGUAGCCGUGCAUCAACACAUAAUUCUUCGCCACCAACUGCUAAUACAUCUCGACGAACAACUGCUAGUAUAUCAAAUGCAAGUAACAAAGAAUCAGAUCAAUCUCGAACAAAUGCUCCUACACGUAUGAAAAAGGUAGCAACGACUGUUAAUGUCACAGCAAAAAAGAAUAUUACAAUAGUUAAAGAAGAAGAUGAAGAUGCAAUACAACAGUCAACAUCAUUACCAAUUCAACAAACUGAUUAUGAAAAUCCAUUACUUGAAUCAAAUGAAAUUGAAUCACAUGAUGGUGAACUAUGGUUGAAAGGAAAUUAUGUUCUUUUAAGUUUAAACUUAUCACGAAAUUAUUUAACAUCUGAUAGUGUUCGAGAAUUUCUUCUAUCAGUUCAACAGCAAUCAGCAUUAGCAAGUUUUAAUGAUGCAUUUAAUUUAUCAUCAACAACAAAUUCAUUAACAAACUUUUUUGGUCUAUGUCGACUUGAAUUAAAAGUAAAAAUUUUAUUUAUUAUUUAUGAUAUUUAA